GGGGGAGAAGGACCCGUUCCUGGGCAGGAAACCGCCCGUGUCGCAUCGGCCUCGUCGUGAUCCCGGUUUCUGGUCGUACUUCGACAAGAUCGACCACAGCCCCGGCGCGUCCAUUCUCGCAUACUGUCUGGCGUCCAUCAGCAUGACGGUCGUGAACAAAUACGUCGUUUCGGGGGCGCAAUGGAACCUGAACUUUUUCUACCUCGCGGUUCAGUCCCUUGUCUGCACGCUCACGAUCAUACUUGCAAAGCAAACCGGGCUGUUGAAGAACCUUGCUCCCUUCGAUUCGACAAAGGCGAAGAAAUGGUUCCCUAUUUCGCUGCUCCUCGUCGGCAUGAUUUACACGGGUGCGAAGGCGCUUCAGUUCCUGUCUGUCCCGGUGUAUACCAUCUUCAAGAACCUGACCAUCAUUGUGAUCGCCUACGGAGAGGUGCUCUGGUUCGGCGGCAGCGUCACACCCCUGAUGCUGCUGUCCUUCGGCUUGAUGGUGCUGAGCUCCGUCAUUGCUGCUUGGGCUGAUAUCCAAGCUGCCAUUGACGGCGUUGGCCACUCCCUCGAGACCUCGGCUGCUCUCUCGACUCUGAACGCCGGGUAUGCGUGGAUGGGCCUGAACGUCGUGUGCACGUCCUCAUACCUGCUCGGGAUGCGCAAGGUCAUCAAGAAGAUGAACUUCAAGGACUAUGACACUAUGUUCUACAACAACCUCCUGACCAUCCCCGUCCUCAUUGUCGGCUCCCUCCUGGUAGAGGAUUGGUCCUCGGAGAACCUGGCCAGGAACUUCCCUGAGGAGACACGCAACAAGCUGAUGAUCGGCAUGAUCUAUUCUGGCUUGGGCGCCAUCUUCAUCUCGUACUGCUCCGCCUGGUGCAUCCGCGUCACCUCCUCGACGACGUACUCGAUGGUUGGCUCCCUGAACAAGCUCCCGAUCGCCGUUAGCGGUCUGGUCUUCUUCGAUGCCCCCGUUACCUUCGGCAGUGUGACGGCUAUCUUCGUCGGCUUUGUCAGCGGUCUCGUUUUCUCGUGGGCCAAGGUCCGGCAAAAGGCCCAGGACGCGGGCAUCUUGCCCACCACCAACAAGCCUACGAUGAGUGCAAGCGCGCAGAGCAACAGGGACGCUGCGAACUCAUAAAGCACGAAGCCAUGGU